GGGGCCCGGGUAGCGCCAGUCGCCUCGAGUCCGUGUGCACAGCCGCGCCGCCCGCCCGAGCUCCUCCUCCCCAGCUUUGUCACUGCCCGCCGCUGUCAGUCGGGAAGCGCUUGGCGCGAGCUAAAGGGCGGGCAGGCAACAGGCGGUAUAGGGGCUCAACAAGUAUAGCGGGCGAGGGCGUCAGCCUCCCGGACCCACCCGGCGGAGCAGGGCGAAGCAGCGCGGAGCACAUGUAGGGAGGGCUUCAGGUUCCAGCCCACAGCAGAGCGCACCCUGACCCUGGGAGCCUGGGAGGACACUCGCCGACUCAGCUCAGCAUGGCCGAAGCGGACAACCGCACGACGUCGCGGCUGCUGGCGGACGCGGACCUCCGGGACAACAUCGACGACGUGUUCCUCAUCGGCAACGGCAUCGUGGUCGUCCUGAUGCAGGCCGGGUUCACCUGCCUCGAGGCCGGAUCGGUGCGGUCGAAGAAUGUGACCAACAUCGUCCUCAAGAACGUCCUGGACAUGUUCAUCAGCGGCGUGCUCUACUGGCUCGUGGGCUUCGCGUUGGCGUUCGGCUCCGGGUCCGGACCGCUCGGCUCGUUCUUCGGCGGCUCGCUCUGGGCGGGCGGCGGCGUCGGAGACCCCGGCCAGCCUCGCAUGUCCAAGUGGUUCUUCCAGUUCACGUUCGCGGCCACGGCGGCCACCAUCAUCUCCGGCGCCGUGGCCGAGCGCUGUCGCUUCGUCACCUACCUCUGCUACAGCGCCACCAUCUCUGGCCUCGUGUACCCCACCGUGUCGCACUGGGCGUGGCACCCGGACGGCUGGCUCAACACGCUCGGCUUCAGGGACUUCGCGGGGUCGGGCGUGGUGCACCUGCUGGGGGGCGCUUGCGCGCUGGCGGGCUGCGUCUUCCUGGGACCGCGCCGCGGCCGCUUCGUCGGCGGCGAGGUGCAGGACCUGGCGGGCCACUCGACGCCGCUGACGGGCGUGGGCGCGCUCAUCCUGGCCGCGGGCUUCCUCGGCUUCAACGGCGGCUCCCAGGGCAGCAUCACGGCGGCCGGCGACGGCGUGGCCGUGUCCACGGCCGUGGUCAACACGGUGCUGUCCGGGGCGGGCGGCGCCCUGUGCGGGCUGUUCGCCGUGCGCGUCGGCGCCCUCAGCAGCCCCGCGUGGGGCUUCGCCGUCCCCACCAACGCCAUGCUCGCCGGGAUGGUCUCGGUGUGCGGCUCCGUUAACUCCCUGGCCAUGUGGGCCGCCGUGGUGACGGGUGCCGUGGGCGCGGUCUUCUUCCUGGUCCUGCACUCGCUGCUGCUGCGCCUGCAGGUGGACGACCCGCUGGACGCCGCUCCGGUGCACUUGGGGGCGGGACUUUGGGGCCUGUUCGCGGGACCACUGCUCUCCCCGGACGGCAUCCUGCACUCCGUCACCAAGGAGUCGCUCAUGUACCUGGCCUGCAACGCGGCGGGCGCCCUGGCCAUCCUGGUGUGGUCGUUGUGCUGCAGUGCGAUCAUGUUCACCAUUCUGAGGGUUUCGGGCCUGCUCAGGGUCUCCGAGGACGAGGAGAUUAAAGGGCUCGAUGUCUCGGUGCAUAAGGAGCCGGGCUACCCCGUGAGUGCGUGGGUGGACUCGGGCCUGCCCGGCCUGCCCAUCCCCAACCCGGCGCCGCACAAGUUCAACAGGCCCGAUCGACCACCAGGGACGCCUCUCCAUCGCUUCACCGAGAGAUUGUGAGAACCAUGACAGUUUUCGAGGAUCUUGACCGAUUUUACACAAUCUAAACGAUCAUCUAUUAAGAAAGUAGAGUUGUACAAACUCUUUAGCUUCCUAGCUGGUUAAAUGCGGAAUUUCCGUCUAGUCAGUUAUUUUCAGCAGGAGUUCACUGUUGAAUGGGUUGCCUACCAUUGUCUUUGUCAGCACCUAGUUGUCUUAGAUUGUUAGUUUGUAUAUUUCUUUGACUAUAGUAAGAAAGGAGAUCUCGGAAAAAAUUGUGAUUCAUGAGUGUUACAUUGUGUUAUAGUUACUGUACAUAGAACGUACUACUAGAAAUAUUUUCUAAUAAAAGAUUUUAUGUUACUUAAAA